UUGGCGUCUGUUGCAUAGCUGCUGGAAAGCUGAGCGACAGGAGCGAGCGAAUGUGAAAGGAAGAAAGAAAGAAAGGGAGAAGGAAGGUGAAAGAGAGAAAGGGAGAAGGGUGAAAGAGAGAAGGAAGGUGAAAGAGAGAGGGAGAAAAAGUGAAAGGGAGAGGGGGAAAGAGCGAUGGAGUGAGGUAAGGGCAGAAAACAAAGAGGGAUAAAGCAGCUGACCGGGAAAGGAGAGUGAAGGAAAUAUAAAUCCAGAAAGAGAGAUCGGAGGAAAAAGAAAGUCCAUAAGUAAACUACAAAGAGUGAGGGCUGAGAUAGGAAAGUACAAAGAUUAAGGAGGGAAGAGUAGUAAAUAUAGGGUGGGGUAGAAUCGCAGCUGAUAGGUGAAAUAACAGCAGUUUAAUGCAGGGGAAGAAAAUGGAUUGAAAUAAAAGAAAGAGCAGAGAGAUACUGAAGAUAUAUAUAGAAAGAGAUUUAGGGAAGGCAUAGGACAGAGGGAGGUAAAUUGGCUUAAUGAAGGUUUGGAAGACAAGGGCAAUAGCGAUAGCACUGAAGUAGAGACAAGGAGGGAGAGACACAAGGUGGUUAAUGAUUUAGAAGGGAAAGUACAGGGUUUAGACUGGAAAUAGAUAUGGAAAGGAAAGAAGAGUAAUUAUCCAAGGGAAAGAGACAGAUUCUAGUGUGGUUUACCUGGUAAGUUGUAUUUGAAUGUAUCGUACCACUGGUACUGAGGAGAAUUGAAAAUUACUGGGGACCAACAAGGUUGGUUUAUUUUGGGAGUGAGUGAGCUGGAGAAAUAAACAGUUCUAACAAUUGAUGUAAAUUGAUAGAGGAUUAUGAAGAAAAGUUGAGAGGUACAUCGAUGGAACCUGCCAGACAAGUAGAACACUAACAGCAACUUCAGGAACAUACAUAUAUAGAAGAAACAUAGUAAUAGAUAGACACUUAAAAAUAACACUUGAUUACUAGAAAACAUUCUGAGUUAAAGAACAGGAUCAAGGAAUUGUUAAAAGUAGAUUCAAAAGACUGAGACAACUGAAGAGCUGAGAUCUUGGGGUAUAUAGAAUAGCAACAUAGGGGCUAUCAGAAAGUUUAUGUAGUAGAGAAAGUGAAGAUAUUGACAGUAGAAGCAGCCACAUAACUUCAGACAAAAUGUGUGAGAUCUUGUGUGUAUCUUAAAUAAUAUAGACAAACACAAAGAAAGGGGUGUGGGAAGAGAAAAUUGAUUUAAAAAAUUAAGCAGAAUAAGUUUUACUGGGACUGAAAGGAAAAAUAAUCAGUGCUGAAAUCCCUAGGAAAUAACAGUGAGAGUCAGGCCAUUAGAAUUGUGGUUCUCACAUGAAAAAGAACGGGAAUGGUCUGGAUCAUGGAACAGAAAUAAAAGUUUGCUAAGGAGGCAGGUAUAAAGAAACUGGGGUAGCACAUAGAAGAACAGAAACUGUCAAGGAUUGGGUAAGGUUUACUUUAUUUGUUGAUACAAUAUAUGCUUGAUGUGUUCAAUUUGUUGAGGCUAAUAUUGUGAAUUCAGAAAUAAAGUGCAGCAUCAGAUUUUAGAAUAUACUGUUAAUAAGUUUCUAUCAGGUUCAGAAUGAAGACAGAUUAGAUUUGUGAUUUCAUGAAAAGAGCCAUAUCCCAAAAGUAUGAUAAGAGAGUUGGCAACAGUUGUGUGCAGAUUAUUAAGAUAAGCUAGGGGUAGUACAGACGUACUGAACUUUGUAAAGUCUGCAGGGGUGGAAGUCAAACACAGGGACAACAGUCAGUGAACGAAUCAGCUGGAGGAGGUGAGGACGAAACACUCAAGCCCGUGUCAUCACUUGGACAACAUGGCUGCAGAGAGCAGUGCCCUACCCGAACUGAACCAGGACAAGUACGAUGGGGAUGAACACAUCAAAAUCAUCUGUUUAGGAGACAGUGCUGUGGGUAAAUCCAAGUUGAUGGAGAGAUUCCUGAUGGAUGGAUAUCGUCCUCAGCAGCUGUCCACUUACGCACUGACGCUGUAUAAAUACACCACUAAAGUCAAUGACAAGACUGUUAUAGUGGAUUUCUGGGACACAGCAGGACAAGAACGCUUUCAGAGUAUGCAUCCAUCCUAUUACCAUAAAGCACAUGCCUGUAUCAUGGUGUUUGAUGUGCAGAGGAAGAUAACUUACAAAAAUUUGAGUAACUGGUACACUGAGUUGAGGGAAUCUCGGCCUGAAAUCCCGUGCGUGAUUGUCGCUAACAAGAUAGAUGCUGAUAUGAAAAUCACACAGAAAAGCUUUAACUUUGCCAAGAAGCAUGGGUUACCUUUUUACUUCGUGUCAGCAGCUGAUGGGACCAAUGUAGUAAAGUUAUUUCGUGACACAAUAAAAUUGGCAAUGUCAUACAAACAAAACAGUAGUGAUUUUAUGGAUGAAGUCAUGCGGGAGCUGGAGGUGCAGGAACAUUAAGAUGCAACAGUGUGCUACACUAGCUAAGACCUCUUUAUUGGGCCUAGAAUUUUGACCUUGAAGCAAACAAGGAGGCCAGGGAUGACCAGCCAAAGGAGGAUCAGUCUGAAUUGCCAUAAUGAUAUUUGUAGAGGGGAGGAGACUUGGACAAGCUCUGUGUUCUGUGCAGGAUAACAUUUGGUCUCCCUCAAUCUUACAGACUGAGUAAGGAACUUAACUUGACUGAAGUUCAACACUGACACUUCAUUGAAUUUUAUAUUUUGGAAGGAUAUCUGUUUCCUUGACUCCUCUUCCCAUUUGUUCAUCUCUUCAGGCAUUUGAAAAAUGAAGUAUAUGGAGAAAGAACUAGAAUUUUCCCCACUAUUCAAAUGAUGAAUAGGAAGUGGUUUCAAAUGUAAUAAUUACAGUGUGUUUCUUUGAAAUUUAUUUAGUGACAUUUCUGUAUUUUUUCACACCAACAGAUGAAGUUGAGCAUCACUCAACUCCAUGUUACAAUCUUUGUGCCCUGAUUGUGUGUUAUUACAGCAAGCAUGGAUGUGUGUGCAAAAACUGAUUCUACACUGCUGUUUAUUGUGUGAUCUUUUAAUGGCUUUUUAAUACUUCAUACAAUUACUUUCACCCAUUCCACAUAGAAAAUUCAUAGCCAUGUACUUUUAGAUAAGAGAGGAAUUCUCAGUUCUUGUGGUAUUGAAUGUGGAUAUAUUCCAUGUGGUGUAACACUGGAAAUCAUGGCCACUAUCACAGUUUCCCUCUGCGGAGACCAAGGUCAGCUGUCUUACAGUUGGUCUUGGUGCCUUGUACUAUGAAGUGGCAAAGAAAAUAAGGUGUUUAUUCAAUGUUCUUUAUCAGGAAAUAUAAGUGUAUAGGCUAUCUAGUGUGGGCACAUGGCCAAGUGGUUAAGGUAUUGGACUAGCGACCUGAAGGCCGUGAGUUAGAGCCCCAGCCGAGGGAACGUGUUGUGUCCUUGAGCAAUACACUUAAUCACACAUUGCUCUGCGACGACACUGGUGCCAAGCUGUAUGGGUCCUAAUGCCCUUUCCUUGGACAACAUUGGUGCUGUGGAGAGGGGAGACUUGCAGCAUGGGCAACUGCUGGUCUUCCAUACAACCUUGCCCAGGCCUGCGCCCUGGAGGGUGAAGACUUUCCAGGCGCAGAUCCAUGGUCUCGCAAGACAAACGGAUGCCUUCUAUCUAGUGAGUGUAGAAUCUGUUUAGGCUGGCUGCACUGCAUCAGUUUGUGGCACCAUGGUAGCACGGUGGUUAGCACAAUGCAUUUACAGCUCUGGGCAUUGGGGUUCUGGGUUCAAUCCCAGCAUCAUUAAGGGAAGAUCUUGCCUGAUUGGAAUUCUGUUGAAGUAACAUAGGAUAGACAAAGGUCAAUCGAUGGAUGUAGCAUACUUGGAUUUUCAGAAGGCCUUUGAUAAUGUACUGAACAUAAGACAUAGGAGCAGAAUUAGGCCAUUCAGCCCAUUGAGUCUACUCUGCCAUUUCAUCAUGGCUAAUCCUGGAUCCUAUUCAACCCCAUCCACCUGUCCUCUUGCCAUAUCCCUUGAUGCCCCGACUCAUCAGGAAUCUAUCAACUUCGGCUUUAAAUAUACCAAUGAACUUGGUCUCCACCGCAGUGCGUGGCAGAGCAUUCCACAGAUUUACCAUUCUCUGGCUAAAAAAAAUCCUCCUUACCUCUGUUCUGAAGGGUCACCCCUCAAUUUUGAAGCAGUGCCCUCUAGUUCUGGAUACCCCCACCAAAGGAAACAUCCUCUCCACCUGCGCCUUAUCUAGUUUUUUCAACAUUCGGUAGGUUUCAAUGAAAUCCCCACGCAUUCUUCUAAAUUCCCGUGAGUACAGGCCCAAAGCUGCCAAAUGCUGCUCAUAUGUUAACCCCUUCAUUCCCAGAAUCAUCCUUGUGAAUCUUCUCUGGACCUUCUCCAAUAACAAUACAUCCUUUCUGAGACAAGGGACACCAAGCUGUUGACAAUACUCCUAAGUGCGGCCUGACUAGUGUCUUAUAAAGCUUCAUCGUUAUCUCCUUGUUUUUAUAUUCUUUUGCCCUUGAAAUAAAUGUCAACAUUGCAUUUGCCUUCUUUAUUACAGACUCAACCUGUGAAUUAACCUUCUGGGAGUCUUGCACGAGGACUCCUGAGUCCCUUUGUGCCUCUGAUAUUUGAAUUUUCUCCCAAUUUAGAUAAUAUUCUACACUAUUGUUCCUUUCACCAAAGUGCAUUAUCAUACAUUUCCCAUCACUAUUCCAUCUGCCAACUUUUUUGCCCAUUCUUCCAAUUUGUUUUAAGUCCUGCUACAGUUGCAUUGCUUUCUCAGCAGGACCUACAAGGUGCUGCUUAACAGGAUAAGAGCCCAUGGUAUUACAGGAAAGAUACUAACAUGGAUAGAGCAUUGGCUGAUUGGCAGGAGGCAAAGAGUGGGAAUAAAGGGAAUUUUUUG